AUGGCUUGCACGGCUAUACAACCACCAUCACUCUCAUCGUCACUGUCGACCCUGCUAUCAGCAGCAUCAUAUACCAGCAGCAUCAGCAACAGCAACAAGCAACAGAACUUCGACUCACGGAGCUACCAGACCAAGAUGUGGCGAGGCUACGGCUUUGGCAGCAGUGCUGCAUCCUCUCCAGUCUCACCACCAUCGUCUUUCCCACAGCCAGCUCCUCCACCACCAUCGCCAUGCGACGGGCUGCUCGACAUCUACCCUCGCAAGACAUCCUUCUCAACCAUCUCGGGAAGCAACACCUCCUGUGCCUUUCCCUCGUGGCCCAACCGAUCAUCUCUCUACUCUGGCUCCGAGGACGACAGCCACGGCUCUGCCUCGGCCUAUCUCUCUGACGAGGACUUGUUCCCGAUCUCAUCUACUUCCUCAUCAUCCAACCCGAUGCUGGCAGCCAUGGAGACCCCCUUCGGAAGCGAUAGCUUCGACGACAACGAAAACGCCAUCAUCGGAAACCCCGAGCUUACCACCGAGGAGCAGAUCCGACACAUGAACGAAACCGAGGACUGGCGCAUGAGACAGUAUGUCCAGGCCCAGGCUCAGGCUCGCGCUCUCCAGGCUCUCCGGGCCGCUCAGCUGGCAGCCGUGGAGCACGCGCAGCAGUGGCGGAAGCAGCUCUUCCUCAACCUCGGCUUCUUCCAAGCAAUAGAUCACCGCCUAUUAUCAUUAUUAUUGUUAUCUACCUUCUCCUUUGUCAGCUCAUAUGAUACCAACGACUUCAACGAAAGCACAUGCACAACAGCAGCAGCUCCCAUCACCAGCACCAUCACCAUCACCGUCACCGUCACCAUCCACCGGCAGCCAACAAACGAAAACAAAAACAGACUUCCAGAUGAGUCACUCCCCCCAAGGCUUCGGAGGGAUGGUGGAUGCCCAAGGCUCAGCGAGGAUGCUGUCACCGUCACCUUCGCCGCCAAAAGGCCAACAAACUUCUUCAGAGCGGCUUCGAGUCAUCGUCAUCGGAUCCCUCAGCAGCGUCCGCCAUCCCCAUCUCCAUCCCCAGCAUCGUCCGCUUCGUCGUCGUCGCUUCCCGUCAGCCGCGAUAAAAAUAGCCCUUCCUGUCCCGAGGCCGAGGCUGACUUUGGAAGGGAGGGACUUGCUUAUGUCAGCGACCUCUCUCGUCGGCUGAUGCAUGCACGUGGUCCAGGUCACGGAGUUGCCUUGCUUAGUCACCCCCUCACCGCCCCCUUCCUUCCUUCUUUCCGCGCGCAGCCUUGUUUAUCCCUUUUUGAUACCCAAAGCCUGUUUUUCUUCUUCUUUUACUUCUUUUACUUCAUCUUCUUUUUCUUCAUACGAGAUACCCGGCCUUUAUUUUUGAUUAUUAGCCCUUUCAAGCCCUUUUUAAUGUCCAUACAAAACACCGGUCAGCUUCCUCUUCCAGCUCCCUUUUUCCUCUUUCUCCAUGCAUCUCCGGCCUUGAUUGUUGUGUAA